AUCCCUAUUUUCUACGUCCAGCUGUUUUUUCCUCAAAAUGAGAAUGAUGACCUGGUGUGGCUGGUCUAUAUUGUUAUGGCCAUAGCAGGGAGCAGUAUAUCUGUGGCUUAUUUACUUCCAUGGUCUAUGCUCCCAGAUGUUUUAGACGAUUUCUUGCUGAAAACAGGCCACAGGAAGGAUGCCAUCUUUUACUCCUUUUAUGUGUUCUUCAAUAAGUUUGCUGUUGGUUUGUCAGUAGGACUUUCACAGGUGGCUUUAGGGUUGAGUGGCUAUAAAUCCCAGCAGUGUGAUCAAGUGCCAUCUGUGGGGUUAGCCCUACGCAUGCUGGUGGCACCUUUUCCUAUUGUGUGCCUUCUGAUUGGUCUGAUGUUUCUAUGGAGAUACCCAAUCACAGAGGAGAGAAGAAAAAUCAUAAAGGAACAGUUAGCAAGGCAAAAUGAAGGUCUUUCUCCCAGUGCGGAUAUGUCAGGUGCUUAUGUCAAAUAUGAGACAAUUGAGGACACUUGCUAGACCACGUGAUAGACAUCUCUGUGUUCAGGCAGCAAUGGAUGUAUUUUGAGAAGAAUUGCUUUUGUUUUAUUUUUGCAUAGCAAAGUUUGAAGAUCAAAACUUGAUGAUCAAUUUGUUUAUAGAAUACACCUUAUUAAAGCAGUAUUGAACUGUUAAACAUUGUCAGUGGUGUGAACUUUCUUAAUGAAUUGGAAUGGAAAAUGUGGAUGCCAGGUACCAGUAUAUGUGCGUUGAACUACGUUUUAGUAAUUGUUGGUAUCAGAGUGCAACGAAUGAAGAAACGAAAAUAGGCGAUCUUCUCACUAAAAAGAGGGGGGAUGGUAAAGGUUGAGAGAAUCGCAUACAUGAACGGCAAGUGUUACACAUGCGUGGAAAAAUGCAUGAAACUUGCCAAGAGAAAAAGGACAAAACGAGUAUUAUAGAGAAAGAGCUAGACUAAACAGUGCUAAGUGACAAUUAUGUAAAAUUGUAUAGAGAUGAAAGUCAGACGGAACUCGUUUAUCGUAUUUUUUUUUAGUUGAAAGUAAAUCCAUGAUACAAGAAAA